AGAUUAGAUGUCUGAAAUGUCUUGUGGCUGCAAAGCCAGCAGAAGUUGUAUCGCAUGCUCUCGUGAUGGACUCUUACACCUUAAAGAGAAGUCUUUUCAAUGUACUUCUUUUACUUUAGUAUACUGUCCAGUUUGCCGAGUUGCUCAUCACACUUCAUUUCUCUUUGAUGACCCCAGUCUUAGCGGAAGUUCUAUGGUUAAACAAAUUGCAGCUCUCUAUCUGUUAUCGCAAACUGAGAAACGAUGUAUUCUUGAAAAAGAAGUAAAAAUUGAGGUCUUCAAAAAUGAGUCGAAGGACAUCGAAGUUAGCGGAAUUACCGUUGGAUGCUACUUUUUGAGCCAAGAAGAAGAAUUAUCAAUAAUUGAGCAAAUUGAAGGUUUCGAUUGGAAGCAAUCACAAUCUGGAAGACUGAAACAGGACUUCGGACCAAAACCGAAUUUCAAAAAGAAGAAAUUGCGCCUUGAAACAUUCACAGGUCUCCCUGCGUUUUCCCAAGGGAUUCUGAGACGCUUACGUGACAUGCCGGGAAAUGAGCUGUCUGACUUUGAAGCUGUGGAGCAGUGUCAUCUCGAUUACAAUGUAUCUCGGGGGUCCCACAUUGACAUGCACUUUGAUGACUUCUGGCUGUGGGGCGACCGACUGGUGACCUUGAAUCUACUCAGCCACUCUAUUAUAUCACUCACUCAUCCACAACUGCCAUAUACGAUUCUCAUUGGGCAACCCAGACUAUCAGUUGUAGUUCUGUCAAAGGAGGCUAGAAAUGAGUGGUUUCAUGGCAUAUAUCCAAAUCAUAUCAUUGACCGAAGAGUAGCCAUCACUUACCGAGAAUUAACAGACGAAAUGAAAAGCACAGAUGUGGGCUUGAAAGUGACCAAGAUUGCUUCCAAUUUCACGGCUGUACAAACUUCAUCCUGACUGUCUUCAUUUUGUAUCAUACGAAAAGAAUUUUAUCAUCCUUAUUUUGAUUUAUCGUAG